CUUUAUAUACGUAUGAUUUGAGUUGUUUUUCUUCACUUGAUCUGUGAGCCAAGGCGGCGCACUCUCGUCCUUGACCUAGUCCUGUCUUCCAUUUUUGCAACUCAGGUCGCUUGCUAGCUAGUAGCGUGCAAUUGAGCAGGAUGUAUCACCCGCAGUGCGAGCUCCUGAUGGCGCACGAGACCCGGGACCUGGACGCCGGCCAGCCGCACCUCACCGCCUCCGCCGGCGUCGCGACCAUCUCGACGGAGCUCAGCUUCCACCUGCUCCACUCCCUCGACGCCGCCGCGGCGGUCUCCGCCGUCACGCCGCAGCCCACCAUCGACUACUUCUUCGGCGGCGCCGCCGAUCCUCACCAGCCGGCGGUGCAGUACGAGCCGCUGCCCCCCACCCAGCACACCAUGAACAUGCUGCGCGACUACUGCAACGGCCACUACACCACCGCCGAGCCGUACCUCCGCGGGGCAAGGACCGGCGCCCUCGUCUUCGGUGCCACCGACGACGAGUCGGCUGCCUACAUGCCCGGGCCCUUCGAGAGCUCCCCGCCCCCACGGGCCACCGGCGGCAGGAAGCGGAGCAGGGCGCUGCUGGGCGGCGGCUUCCAUGGUGGGCCAGCCAACGGUGUCGAGAAGAAGGAGAAGCAGCGCCGGCUGCGGCUCACCGAGAAGUACACCGCCCUUAUGCUCCUCAUCCCCAACCGUACAAAGGAUGAUAGGGCGACGGUGAUCUCGGACGCGAUUGAAUACAUCCAUGAACUGGGGAGGACGGUGGAGGAGCUGACGCUGCUGGUGGAGAAGAAGCGGCGCCGGAUGGAGCUGCAAGGGGACGUGGUGGACGCGGUGGUCGUGCCGGCCGGUGAGGCCGAGAGCUCGGAGGGCGAGGUGGCACCGCCAGUACCGGCCGCCCAGCUGCAGCCGAUCCGGAGCACGUACAUCCAGCGCCGGAGCAAGGACACGACCGUGGACGUGCGGAUCGUGGAGGAAGACGUGAACAUCAAGCUCACCAAGCGCCGUCGGGAUGGGUGCCUCGCGGCCGCGUCGCGCGCGCUGGACGACCUCCGGCUUGACCUCGUCCACCUCUCCGGCGGCAAGAUCGGCGACUGCCACAUCUACAUGUUCAACACCAAGAUUCACAAGAGCUUCCCGGUGUUUGCGAGUGCAGUGGCCAGUAGGCUGAUGGAAGUGGUGGACGAGUCCUAG